AUGAAACACAAUCUGGUGUGUCAGACACCUCCCACUGUCACUGUUCAUGUAAAAUCGAGUGCAUCCAGAUCACAUCAGCAAAAAAAACUUACUAGACUAAAGCGACCUGCUUUUAAAGACCAUCAAGAAAAUUGUGAAAAAGGGGUUCCUAGUCAGAAAUAUAAAUGUCCAAAGGGACCAUGUCUUGUUAUUCAGCGUCAGGAAAUGACAGCUUUCUUUAAAUUAUUUGAUGAUGAUCUAAUCCAAGACUUCCUUUGGAUGGACUGUUGCUGUGAAAUUGCAGACAAGUAUCUCUUGGCAAUGACUUUCGUUUAUUUCAAGAGAGCUAACUUCACACCAAGUGAGCAUACCAGAAUCAAUUUCUUUGUGGCUCUGUAUCUGGCAAACACAGUUGAAGAAGACAAUGAAGAAGCAAAGUAUGACAUUUUCCCAUGGGCUUUGGGCAAAGCCUGGAGAAAGCUCUUCCCUGAUUUCUUAAAGUUAAGAGAUCAACUUUGGAGUAGAAUUGACUACAGGGCUAUUGUAAGCAGACGCUGCUGUGAAGAGGUGAUGGCUAUCGCUCCAACACACUACAUCUGGCAGCGAGAGCGCUCAGUGCAGCACAGCGGAGCUCUGAGGAAUUAUGAGGAUCAGGUGCAGCUGCCCCGAGGCCCCAGCGCUACUCCCACAGACUGCCUGCUCUGCGGGAAGAAAGGCAGGUUUGUACGGCUCGGAUUGUCAUCCUCCUCCUCCUCCACCGACACUUUGGAGAUGAUGGACUUGCACUCAUCCCAGAAAUCAAAGGAUGCCUUUUCAACUGAAAAAAUGUUCAUCGACUCUCCUUAUAAAGCCCAAGACUGUCUGAAGCUGUCCAGCAAAAGGCAACCAUGUAGCAUCCUGGAUCAAGAUAAGUCUAUGGACUGGUUUACAAGCAAUGGAGAAUGA